AUGAUUCAGUUCUUUGUGAUCUUCAAUAAAUUAGGACAAACACGAUUUGCUCACUACUUCACUUUCCAAAACGCGAAAGAAAGAGCUACUCUUGAAGGAGAAGUGACGAGAAUGUAUAUGGGAAGAAGAGAUGACCAGUGCAACGUAUUCGAGCAUAGAAGCUACCGAUGCGUGUAUAAACAAGUAGGAAAUCUGAUUUACUUGCUCGCUACUGAUUUGGAAGAAAAAGAAAAUGUGCUUUCACUCCUUUCAUUUAUCGACGCCUUUGUUGAGACCUUGGAGUUGUAUUUCACCAAACUGGUAUGUACAGAAUUUGAGAUUGACAUAUAGACGGAGUUAGACAUAUCCAUAACAGAUCAAUAUAGAUAUCCUUAACCAUAGGUGAUGAUGAAUCUAGAAAAGGUACAUUAUAUUAUGGAUGAAAUGGUAAUGAAUGGGACUGUGUAUGAGACAAACAAGAACACUAUUAUUCAUCAGUUGGCGUUGAUGAAGAUCAACCCCGUGAAGGAUAAGGAGAAGUAAAGAAUGAUGUGUACAAUAGAAU